AUGAGGGAAUUAGACCCUCUUGUUUCGGAGUAUCAACAUGAUAAACACCGACCUCGUGAAGCAGAGGCAUUAUUAACCCUGCGCAAAGUUGCUUCUCUGGUUAAACCAAUUAUGCGACAGCGAAUGUGGAGGGUUGGGACACUAUGUGAAUUUUACCCUUCUACCCAGAAUCUACUAGGCUUGAACGUGAAUCAUGGACAGAAAAUAUGUCUUCGGUUAAGGCAGCCUUAUGAUGAAAGACAAUUUCUUCCAAUAGAACAGGUAGUUGAUACUAUGCUUCACGAGUUGUGCCAUAUAGUUCAUGGCCCACACGAUCAAAAAUUCCAUGCUCUGUGGAAUCAACUCCGGGAUGAACACGAGCAACUGAUAAGUAGUGGCUAUACCGGUGAAGGGUUCCUAUCCGCUGGUCACCGGCUCGGAGGAAGACGGAUACCCAUGGAUGAAGCUCGUCGACUCGCACGUGCUGCAGCAGAAAAAAGGCGUGUGCUGUCUUCUGGCACCGGCAAGAAACUAGGAGGUGGCUCAGUCCUUCCGGGAACAGAUAUGCGAAAUGUCCUUGCGGAUGCAGCUGAGAGGCGAGCUACGGUUACAAAGGGCUGUGCAAGUGGAACUAUAGAAGGUGACAGACUUGCAGAAGAGGCUACUCGAAAUGGAUUCCGGACAAAGGCUGAAAUGGAAGACGCAAAUGAGAGAGCUAUAAUGGAAGCGUACAUUGAUCUUAUUCAGCAAGAAGAGAGGGAGCAAUAUGGUGACUUCUAUACACCUCCUAGCUCAUCGAAUCCUUUGGGGCCCCGGGCUUCAACCUCAUCAGGGCCAAAUCCAAUAGCAACUUCUUCCAAACCCCAGUUAACAGAGAGCACCACAUGCUCGUCAAGCUCAGACGUAAUGGACUCAGAGCCUUGGACGUGUUCUACUUGUACCUUCAUUAAUAGGCCUUUAUACCUUACCUGUGAAGUAUGCUCCGCUGAGCGUACCUCAGUCACGAAUUCUCUACCUUCUUCCAGGACUGUUUCAAAGCUAGCUCAGGAGAAAAAGAUUGGUAAACAACCAUAUUCAUCUGGAAGGCAUGGCGGAACAAAAUCUCGCAAAUCUGCCGUUCAGGCUAUCAUUGAACUAGAAAAGAAUCAACCGCCACCACCAAAAAGGUCUCUCGGGUGGGUGUGCCAUUGUUGCGGAGCUUUUAUGGAAUCUCAGUGGUGGACAUGUUCUGCCUGUGGAACGAUGAAGUUAUCAGAUUGA